AUGUCCUCAAUCGUCGGCUUCCUCCGCCGUAAUUGGCAAGCCUCCUCUCCACCAGAACCACCAAAGAACACCAACGCCAUCAAAUUCGGUAUCCUUGGGGCAGCGAAAAUUGCGGCAACCGCUUUGAUCACUCCAGCGAAAUCUCACCCUGACGUUGAGAUCCAUGCUGUAGCGGCUCCAAUCCUCGAUGACCCCUCCAUUGAUGCUGUUUACAUCCCCCUUGUCGCCAGCUUACACUACGAAUGGGCUAUCAAAGCCAUUGCCAAAGGAAAGCAUGUGCUUAUUGAAAAGCCAGCCGCGGUCAAUGUAGCCGAAGCAGAGAUGAUAUUCCGAUCACCGCUGUUACGACAGCCCAAUGCACCUGUUCUUCUUGAAGCAAUGCACUUCCGCUUCCAGUCGAGUUGGCUAUACUUUCUCAGCUUGAUGGACAGCCAGAACAUACAGACUGUCGAUAGCUGUGCAUCGCUGCCCUCGUAUGUUAUACCUAAGGGUAAUGCACAGCUCGAGUAUAAUUUAAGCGGCGGCACUAUGCUUCAUCUUGGCACGUAUCCUAUGUAUGCACUGCGUCAGAUCAUGGGUGACGAGCCAGAGGAGUGUACGGCAUGCAAAGUUAGGAAGCUUCCUCCUCCUGAAGAUCUCUGCGAUGAGUUUGCUGAGACAAGCUUUCGAUUUCCAGGUGGACGAGUUGGGAACGCUACGAUAAACGCGCGAGCAUCAGUCACCACUCUCCCAACCUUCAACAUAUCUGUGUCUCAAAAAGAGAUUAAGGUUGAGGAUAUGUCACUUCCGAGAGGACAAACCAAGUGGAAGCGCAGGAAGCUAAGCUUCAGCAACUUCCUUAUAUCGUCCUUUUGGCACCGCAUUGACAUCGUGGACGAGUACAGCAUUCGGGAUGAGACGAAUGAGAAAGACCUGAAGGGAUGGACAGUCAAGCAGUCCAAGAAGAUCUAUACGUUCAAAGACGCCGGAAUUGAUCAACCAAGUGAACCAUUUUGGUCAUCAUAUCGUCAUCUGCUAGAGCAGUUCGUCAAUCACGUUCGCGGGAAUAAGGGCUCUGGACUUUGGGUUAACCAUGAGGACAGCAUUGCGCAGGCGAGAAUGAUCGACAUGGCUUAUGAGAAGUCCGGACUGCCCUUGCGGCCAACAAGCAAGUUUAGACCUGAAGAGUCUAUGAACACCUUGAUGGGUUGA